CUGCUCGCGCGCGCCUCCGAGGCUCGCGCUGUCGCGCCGGCCGGGAGUCCCUGUAAAGCCUUGGCCGCCAAUGGGGGAGGUGGAGCCCGUGCCCGCGGGGCCGCUGGAGCCCCCGGAGCCACCUGAAACGGCGGCGCCUCGCCGACCCGGAGGGAUUCGGGUCCUAAAGAGAAAUAUGAAACACAAUGGGAGCAGAAAUUGUUUGACUAGAAGAAGUAGGUUUGGUUCUCGAGAAAGAGACUGGCUAAGAGAAGAUGUGAAGAGAGGCUGUGUUUACCUUUAUGGAGCAGACACGACCACUGCCACUACAACCACCACCUCCUCCUCCUCUUCUGAUUUACAUCUUGUCCUUUGCACAGUAGAGACACCAGCAUCAGAAAUAUGUGCCGGAGAGGGAAGAGAAAGUCUCUAUCUCCAGCUUCAUGGAGACCUGGUCAGGAGACUGGAGCCCACUGAACGGCCUCUCCAGAUUGUUUACGAUUACUUAUCCAGGCUGGGAUUUGAAGAUCCCGUGCGCAUACAGGAGGAGGCUACGAACCCUGACCUCAGCUGUAUGAUUCGAUUUUAUGGUGAAAAACCAUGCCAGAUGGAUCAUCUGGAUCGAAUCCUACUGUCUGGCAUCUAUAAUGUACGCAAAGGAAAAACCCAGCUGCACAAAUGGGCUGAGCGCCUAGUUGUUCUCUGUGGUACCUGCCUUAUUGUUUCCUCAGUGAAGGAUUGUCAAACUGGAAAGAUGCACAUUUUGCCUCUGGUUGGGGGAAAGAUAGAAGAAGUGAAGCGCCGGCAACACUCCCUUGCUUUCAGCUCAGCUGGAGCCCAGGCUCAGACCUAUCAUGUCUGCUUUGAGACUUUGGCUGAGUACCAGAGAUGGCAACGGCAGGCGUCUAAGGUGGUGUCCCAGCGGAUCAGCACUGUGGACCUCUCAUGUUACAGCCUUGAGGAGGUUCCUGAACAUCUCUUCUACAGUCAAGAUAUCACCUACCUCAACCUGCGACACAACUUCAUGCAAUUGGAAAGGCCAGGGGGCCUCGACACACUCUACAAAUUUUCUCAACUGAAGGGUCUGAACUUGUCCCAUAAUAAGCUCGGACUGUUUCCUGUGUUGCUGUGUGAGAUUUCUACCCUGACUGAACUCAACCUUUCUUGUAAUGGAUUUCAUGACUUGCCAAGUCAGAUUGGUAAUCUGCUAAAUCUUCAGACCCUCUGCCUCGAUGGCAACCUUCUCACGUCUCUACCAGAUGAGCUGGGAAACCUGCAGCAGCUUACGUCUCUGGGAAUUUCCUUCAACAGUUUUAGUCAAAUUCCUGAAGUUUUGGAGAAACUCACCAUGUUAGAUAAAGUAGUUAUGGCAGGAAACCGUUUGGAAAUCCUGAACCUAGGGGUGCUGACCAGGAUGAGCCAUGUUAAGCAUGUGGAUCUGAGGAUGAACAACUUGAAAACGGUGAUUAUUGAAAAUCUGGAGGGAAAUAAACACAUCACUCACAUGGAUUUGCGGGACAAUCAGUUGACUGAUUUGGACCUUAGCUCCUUAUGUAACUUGGAGCAGCUGCAUUGUGAGCGGAACCAGCUGAGGGAGCUGACACUCAGUGGCUUCUCCCUUCGAACCCUCUACGCCAGUUGGAACAGACUGACAGCAGUGAAUGUCUAUCCAGUACCCAGCAUGCUCACUUCUUUGGAACUUUCUCGAAACUUGCUAGAGUGUGUCCCGGACUGGGCCUGUGAAGCAAAAAAGCUGGAAAUACUAGAUAUAAGCUACAAUCUUCUUACAGAGCUUCCCAUGAGAAUUCUGAGUAGUCUGAGUCUUCGGAAACUGAUGGUAGGACACAACCACAUCCAUGUCCUUCCUGCACUGGUAGAGCACAUUCCCCUUGAGGUACUGGAUAUCCAGCAUAACACUCUCUCCAGGCUGCCAGACACACUCUUCUCCAAGGCCUUAAAUCUCAGGUACUUGAAUGCAUCUGCAAAUAGUCUGGAGUCUUUGCCUUCUGCAUGUGCUGGAGAGGAGAGUCUGAGUGUGCUGCAGCUGCUGUACCUGACCAGCAACCUUCUGACAGAUCAAUGUAUACCUGUUUUGGUCGGGCACCCACACUUGCGAGUUCUGCACCUUGCAAACAACCAGCUACAGACCUUUCCUGCAAGCAAACUAAAUAAACUGGAGCAACUGGAAGAACUGAAUUUAAGUGGGAACAAGCUGAAAGCUAUUCCUACAACCGUAGCAAACUGCAAACGGCUGCACACCCUUGUCGCACAUGCCAACAACAUCAGCAUUUUCCCAGAGAUCCUGCAGCUGCCUCAGAUUCAGUUUGUAGACCUGAGUUGCAAUGACUUGACAGAAAUACUAAUUCCAGAGGCUCUGCCUGCUACUUUACAAGACCUUGAUCUGACAGGAAAUACAAAUCUGGUUCUGGAACAUAAGACUUUGGACAUGUUUAGUCAUCUCACAACACUGAAAAUUGAUCAGAAACCUUUGCCAACCACAGAUUCUACAGUCACAUCAACCUUCUGGAGCCAUGGACUGGCUGAGAUGGCAGGGCAGAGGAAUAAACUCUGUGUGUCUGCUCUGGCUAUGGAUAACUUUGCAGAGGGCGUGGGAGCUGUGUAUGGCAUGUUUGAUGGGGACCGGAAUGAAGAACUCCCUCGUCUGCUACAGUGUACAAUGGCAGAUGUGCUUUUGGAAGAAGUACAGCACUCAACAAAUGACACAGUUUUCAUGACCAAUACCUUCUUGGUAUCUCACAGGAAAUUAGGAAUGGCUGGCCAGAAGCUAGGUUCCUCUGCUCUCCUGUGCUAUAUUCGACCUGACACUGCUGACCCAACAAGCAGUUUUAGCUUGACUGUAGCCAAUGUUGGCACAUGCCAAGCUGUCCUGUGCCGAGGUGGAAAGCCAGUCCCUCUUUCUAAAAUCUUCAGCUUGGAGCAUGACCCAGAGGAAGCACAGAGGGUGAAGGACCAGAAAGCCAUCAUAACAGAGGACAACAAGGUGAAUGGGGUUACCUGCUGUACUCGGAUGCUGGGAUGUACAUACCUCUACCCGUGGAUCCUCCCCAAGCCCCACAUAGCUUCCACCCCACUUACCAUUCAAGAUGAGUUGCUGAUUCUGGGAAACAGAGCACUGUGGGAGCACUUGUCAUAUCUGGAAGCUGUCAACGCAGUGCGUCAUGUACAAGACCCAUUAGCUGCUGCUAAGAAGCUGUGCACAUUAGCACAGAGCUAUGGCUGUCAGGACAACGUGGGGGCAAUGGUGGUUUAUUUGAACAUUGGUGAAGAAGGCUGUACCUGUGAAAUGAAUGGGCUCACCCUUCCAGGCCCUGUGGGAUUUGCUUCAACUGCAAGCAUCAAGGAUGCCCCCAAGCCAACCACUCCUUCCUCUAGUAGUGGGAUUGCCUCAGAGUUCAGCAGCGAGAUGUCCACCUCAGAGGUGAGCAGCGAGGUGGGCUCCACGGCUUCUGAUGAGCAUAACACUGUGGGCCUGGAGGCGAGCUUGCUCCCACGGCCAGAGAGGCGCUGUAGUCUGCACCCAGCACCCUCUGCGGGCAUUUUUCAGCGCCAGCCUUCUUGUGCAACUUUUUCCAGCAAUCAGUCUGACAAUGGACUGGACAGUGACGAUGACCAGCCUGUUGAAGGAGUCAUAACUAACGGCAGCAGGGUUGAAGUAGAAGUGGACAUUCAUUGCUGCCGAGGCCGAGAGCCCGAGGACUCCCCUGCUCUCCCAAAGAAUCCUUCCAACCCCUGUUCAGAGGGACACGCUAGGGGGUUGGGUUUUGGGAUCCGAAGACAGAACAGUGUGAAUAGUGGUAUACUUCUGCCUGUGAACAAAGACAAGAUGGAGUUACAGAAGUCUCCCUCCACUUCUUGUCUGUAUGGAAAGAAACUCUCCAAUGGCUCCAUUGUGCCCCUAGAAGACAGCCUGAACCUCAUUGAGGUGGCCACGGAAGCACCCAAAAGGAAAACGGGCUAUUUUGCUGCCCCUACUCAGCUGGAACCAGAGGAUCAAUUUGUUGUCCCCCGUGACCUGGAAGAUGAGGUGAAGGAGCAAAUGAAGCCGCACCAGGACAGCCGGCCUGAGCCCGAGCCUAGGGAAGAAGGCCGGACAGAGCCCCAGGAGGAGUUUGACACAGCACUGUGAUUGUGCCUUGAGUGGACACAGCAUGAGGGGGCUAUGUGGGAUUGGGGAAGGGACCUUCAGGAGAUAUUUGCCUCAGUGUUUCAAACCAUAGAUAUGUGGAGUAGAAUUUGGAGCCAAAAAGUUGAGCACUAGCAGGGUCUGGCUCUUGAUGAGCUAGUCCUACCAUCAGUGUUAAACUUCACAUUGAACCUUUGGAGGACUCCCAGAGCUGCUGGGAGACAGCAGACAUUGUUCUGUGUCAGUCCUGCCACCUGCCAUUAACCCUUUCUCUCCUAGGAUCAUUUGAGAAAUUGCCUGCCUGGGCAGGAAAGGGACUUUUUCUGUGGAGGAAGUAACUGAAGGUUGAUUCCCUUUACUGAUUGCUGCUGAUGGAUCUCUGUGACAAGAGAAAUCACCUUAUAUCUCAGACUAGCUAGUGGGGUGUGAUGUGACUAGUCACACGGCUUUUUAUUCUCUAGGAGAAUACAGCCUAUCAAAUGAUGUCUACUGGAGAUACAGAACCAAUCAAGCAGGUGAUUUAUGUAUGUAAUGUUAUAUAACGAGAGCACUUUUCAUUGACUGUGAACCUUUUAUUUUUGAAUCUGCACUCAGAGCCAAUCUUCUUAGAGGCAGCCCAGCUCCUUUGUCCCUAGGUAGAAGUAAUUGAGCAUUGGAGCCUCUUUGAGGGUACUUGGGAGGGUCCUGGAAAUUGAUCUCUUGUAUGUCAGACUGUGAAAGCUUGUGAGAAACUUGGGGUGGGAGGAUUUAUAAGACGGGGAAGGAGUAAGAACUAGGUCUUCUUCCCUCAAGUCAAAAAGAAACUCGGCCCUGGAUACGCUGACCCUGCUAGGAACUAGGAUCACAAGGCAGGGACUUGUGAACUGCCUCUUCCCCUUAAUGUGGUAGAAUUGGCAGCCAGCCUCUUGACAGGUAGGCUGACACCUUGAACUAUAUAGCAAGUGAGUGCAACAGGAGACCAACUAGGAGCAUAUGUAUGGGCAGACAGAUCUCACAAGUUAGACUUGUUCCUCUCUCUCUCCCUCCCUCCCUCUGUCCCUCCUUCCUUUUCUUCCUCCCUCUACCUCCCUUCUUCCCCCACCCCCUCAGGAUGUUCCUAGAAUGUUGGUAGUGAGUUGAAUGCUCACCCUGUUUUGUUUGACACUGUGCCCUUCUGAAGUACUGCUGAUUCCCCUGACAUGGUUCAAAGUACUGGGCUUAACACGGGGGAAGAAAGACUGUUGAACUGAGAGAUUGCUAAACUUACAGAAAACCUGUCAUUUUUUUUUUUUCACAUUCCUCUUAACCAUAGCAAAGGACCACUUCUUGUAUAUUUCUGUUGCUUUUUCCAUUAGAUUAGUUAGGAAACUAAUUCCUAUUUAUUGAUAUAAAUUUUGGCAUUGCUUGGUUUUACUCAGUGGAAAAAUGUGCUUUGAAGUUUUAGGAUAUUGCACAACUAAAAAAAUAGAUUGGAGCAACCUUUAAUUUGCUUUAUAGAAAACAAAUUGUUAAAUAUAAGAUUGAGCGCGUAUAUUUUUCCUUUGUGUUUGAGGAGGGAGUUUCUGUUUAAAGCAAUACUAAAAACCAGACAGAUAGUUCUGUCUUCAGAGGCCCUGUGCUCAUGUGCACGU